CAGCGGCGCGGCCUAUGGGCGGCGGGGCCCGCCCGCACCGCCCGCCCGGCCUUGGGCCGCCUGAGCCGCCGUGAUUCAGCGUUUCUCCAGCAAUACCAUGUGGAUCCCCCCGCCUCCCCCUGGGCUCCAUUUGCAGGAGCCGCUCAGCCUCCGGAACGGCGCCCGUGGACUUGCUUCCCAGCCCUCCUCGUCUUCUGCAUCUGCCCGCACUCCAGAGCCUGCAGAGCCUUCACGGAGCCGCCCCGCGAGGGUCUGCUGUCUGUUCCUGACGGCCCGCAGCAGGCCCCAGGCAGAAAGCGGCGGCAGCAGCGAGGAGGGAGGGGAUGAGCCGCGCCCGCCGCGGGCUCUCCCUUUGUCCGCAGGGAGCAUCCCGGGGAUGCCUCCCCAGCGUGCCGGGUACCUGCGCCUCGGGAGCCGCCGGUCCUUCCUAAGGAGUGUACAGCGUUGCCAGCAAUCACUGCCAUUCUUACACAAACAGAUCGCUCGUCCAUCAUCUGUGAGCAUCGUCUAAACAUAGCAAACCUAAUACAAACGGGCUUAAGUUACACGCCGGCACGCAGUUACAGCAGGGUUAUCAUCACUGCUUCCUGCAAACCUGAGGCAACUAAUUGGCAGGCACUGCAUUGCGUAGCUAUAAUUUCCCAGAGAAGCGUGUCUGUGGUCAGGGAAUAUGUGACUGGGCUUGAAAAAACUUGGACCAAAUUCAAUCCUUUAAUAUAAAUAUUCAUGUUAUUAGGCCAGGCCCAUAUCCAUAGAAUAAUACAGAAACCUGAUACUAAACACACAGUGGUAGAGCAGGAGGGUGUCAGGAACUAAAAUGUUUCUGUUUAUUUAGAAAGCAUUAAGAUUUUAAUCGAAAAAUCAUUGAAAUUUUCAUAGCAUAUCCUUGUUUUGAUACGUUGAUAUGUCAGUAGAUACAAAUGACACUAUGUGAUCCUUUGCAUUCCUGGAUCCCAUUUCUUAGGAUUGUUUGGUUUUAAAGAACUUGGGUAACAAAAAUAUUGCUCGGCGAUUCACUUGGGUUGUUUUGUCAAAUUAAUUACAGAGCAUUUUUCCUUCCUAGGGGAAAACUCAAAUUAUAAAAUGCCACAGCUGCUACUUUCAAAUGUAGUAAUUAUAUACUAACUUAGGCUAUAUUGAAACCUGCAUAAUAUAGGAUAUUUAAAGUGAUCCUGUAAUUUAUACCAUUCAUACCAUUUAAUGGUAUCAUUCAUUUACAUUAUUUUAAUAAUGAAAAUUUCAGGCAAUUGUUUGGCUGGGCUAAUGAUAUGAGGGAGAAAUUCUUUGUCAGCAAGUAUCCUUUUCAGCUCCAAGGAAAUGUCCAGAUAUGAGUUUUCUCCCACAAAACGUGUAGAUAUUUUUGAAGCCAUUUCUUAUUCUUGUGUAUGUACAGAACACUCAAGUAAAGUCUUUGUAUAAAAUACGAAUGCAGUUGUUGUUCCCCGCCCAUUUCUGGACACGUGUUUUCCAAGAAGCUUCUUCUGCAUUUCCUGCUAUGCAGUGCAGCUCUCCCUGAUGGCAGUCUGCCCAGCUACAGCUUUCCCUGAACUGAAACCAGCAGGGAUGUAGGAGGAUUUCUGAAUUUUCCUGUGCAGUGCCCACCAAGUUACAAAGAUGACUGCAGAAAGGCAUUGCAUAACUGUUCUCUUACUCUAUUUUAAGCACUUUCCUGCAUUUAUUUUAUUUAAUAGGCAUUUGUGUCAGACCAUAGCAUAUAGAUGCAACUAAAUUUAUAAAAAACAAGGAAACUGGAGCAAAUUUUUGCACUCCAGCUGGAAGAUUGCUGCAUUUUCCCAUAUGUACCAAGCAAUAUACCAAAGACAACAGACACCUGGGUCAGGAGAGAUCAGAAAUCCAGAGAUACUUAGUAGCAUAAUGAAUCAUUGGUGUCCACAUUUGAUUUUGGCAUUUCAGAUAUCUUAUAAACACACUUUUCUGCAACUACCUGCAACACUUAUUUUCCAUAAAAUACAUGAAUAUGUGUAGAUACUCUAAUCCAUUUUCCUUCUCAAUUCACUGCCUCUUUUCAUCACUUACCAAAUACCUGGUUGCUAGAACCUUGAAGGUUAUUCAGAGUAGUAGCUGUACUAACCUUUUUCUUGAGCUCUGAAACAUCAACUCCAACAACCCCUCUGAACACACACAUGCACACACAGUCACUCAAAUGAGACACAAAGAGGUGUCGGGGUGUGUGUUACUAAGGCUCUCCAGAUUCUGAUACAAACCAGAAGUUCUAAGUAAGACCGAUUUGUUGGGGGUUUUUUGAAAGAAGGAAAAAGAAGAAGAGGGAAAGGAGGGAACAGAAGGAGAAGAGGGAAAGGCAAAAGACAGCCUUGUCCUGGAGAGUCGCUGCCUGCCAGGAAUUCACUCUAUGCAACUGGAACUCAUGCUGCCAGGAGCGGUCUCCAAAAGAGCAGUUCCCCAGUGGCUGCCCCAGCUUCCCCCCGAACAGCCCAGGGUCACUGGAGCCAGUUGGACGGAGCCACAACCUGGCCAAACCCAGAGGAUAAGUGCAGUUUACCACCAGAUCCAGAGGUUCUCUCUGCCUUACAUAUGUGGGAAGGUGGGGAUAUAGACUGUUCAUACCACAGAAGAUAAAGUUUUAUAAGCCAGAACCUACAAUUCUCAAUUACAAAUUGGCAGUCAGAGGUUAUGUAAAUUUAUAAAUAAAAACAUGGAAUACCAUUUAUUCUUGUCUGUAGUUGCGGAGAUUGAACAUGAUGGCAGCAGCAGCAAUUCUGAGGUGAUAAUGAGGUUUGAUAUAAGUGAUUUCUGGCUUGUUAGGACAGAGGGACAACCUGUGUAUCCUCCACUAAAAACUUCACAAAAGAAGCCAAUUGAGGCAGCCUUAUAUGAAUUUUUAUUUGCUUAUUCCUACAAAACAGGGCAGGGGGGACACCUCAAAUUAAAAAUUAAACAUGUUUUUUAACAAGAUGCUCUCAAGUUUAAAAAUUGAAUGGAUUCAAGAAUGGAGAGAGGUUCUGUGAUAUUUAUGGGUAAAGAUGAAACAAAUCUUAUAAAGUUUUUUUUGUUACUACAGUGAAAAUCAGUCUACAAUCAAUAAAUAGCAUAUUACAUAGUAAUAAAUAGUCUAAUGCAAGAAUUAUCAUUAGUCUGGAUCUAAUUAUUAAAAAAAGAGGCAAUAAUAAUGCCAUUAAAGUACUUAUUUACAGAACAAAUUUUACUAAACCAGUCUGCAUUGUUUAUUUUUUUAAACUAAGCACCAAUGAGUUGUUCAUAUCCAUAGAUACUCCAGUCCCCAAGCUGUGCCCUUCUCUUUGUUACCGUGUGUGUAGCUCUGUAACACAGCAUUGCUGUUGCUCCCAACAGGCCAUAAGCUUUGCACUGAGUUUGCAUGGCCUUGGGACUGAGGCUUGCCAGGUCUGCUCAGUUUGACCUUGUCCUGAUCCACCUGUGACUUUGUUUUGUUUGGCACAACUGUGACAGCAGUUUCUUGAACUGACUGCCUAUAUCUAACUUGGUUUACGAAAGGUUAAUUCUGGGUUUAUGUAGGGAGAAGCAACAAACAGUUCCUGCAGGUGGGAUGAGAUAUUUAGUACUCUCAGACAAUGACACAGUCCAGAGAAACACAGGCCUGGUACAACAGCAGAGACCUUGUGAUGUGGAGGCACAGGAUGAAGGAGAAAAAGCAGGGGCUGUGCUCACGUGCAUGACCAAACACAAAUAAAAUAGGAGCCUAAAGCAUGACGUAGGUGUGCAAAGGUGCAGAGGUAAGAGGAGGAAAUGACCCUUCCCGAGCCUGUACAUGAUAACCAGGCCAGCCCACACUAGACUGAAAUAUUCCCCCUAUCAUAGAUAACCCCUGCCUUUGAACAGAGUAAAUGCUGGAAGCACUAGGAGCUUUUGCCACAUUCUCCACAACACAGAGUAAUAUAUGGCACAGAGCCAGGCUGAAAAAGAGCAGCUUAUUGUGCAGCAGUUUCGAUUCCCCAACUGCAGACUGUUCUGCUUCUUCGGCAGACUCAGAGAAAAGCUGAAGUUUCACUUUCUGUUUCCUGUGAAAGUGGUCACAGACCACAUGAUGGUUGGAUUCUAUAAAAUGGGAAGCAUAACAACAGUGAGCAGCACUCCUUCAGCUUUGAAGUACCUGAAGACAAGUGAGCAGAGAAGGAAAACCAUGAGUACCAUUUCCAAGAAUUCCUUGAAGACUUCCCUGCUGCAGUUACAAUGUCAUUUUACAUGGACUUUGCUGAAGCAGGAUGUAGAUAUUGAUGACCUAGAGGAAACAAUAGUCAAUCAGAUCAAAUAUUUCACAGAAUCUAACCUAACAGAUUAUAAUCUGCUAUCCUAUAUAUGUCACCUAAAGAAUUCAAAUGAGAAAGCUCUGAGAAAUCUCCAGAAAGCUGAAGAAAUUGUUCAAAAACGUCAUCGAGAUGAAAUUGCCAGGAGAAGUCUUGUUACCUGGGGGAACUAUGCCUGGAUCUAUUACCACAUGGAGAGAUAUGAAGAAGCUCAAACUUAUGUAAGCAAAGUGGAAAACAGCUGCAAAAAGCUUUCCAUUACUGCUGAUGGGAAGAUGCAGCUUCCAGAGGUCUAUGCUGAGCAAGGAUGGGCAUUAUUACGUUUUGGGGGGAAACACUAUGAGAGAGCAAAGAAUUGCUUUGAAAAUGCUCUAAAGGAUGAUCCCGAUAACCCAGAUUUUAAUGCCGGCUAUGCAACAGCACUGUAUCGCUGGGAAAACUUAGCUUCCAGAUGUGGUGAAGACACAAGCCCAUCCACUGAGGCCUUGAAGCGGGCAGUGGAACUGAAUCCAGAGGAUACUUGUGUCAUGGCAUUACUUGCAUUAAAACUUCAGGACUUAAAUCGAGCUGAUGAAGGUGAGAGGUACAUUGAAGAAGCGAUGCAAAAAACCCCUGAUCUUCCUUAUUUCCUGCGCUAUGCUGCUAAAUUUUACAGAAGGAAAGGAGAAGUGGACAAGGCAGCGAAGAUUUUGGAAAAGGCCCUAGCACUGACACCAAAUUCUAGCUUUUUGCAUCACCAACUAGGAAUCUGCUACAGAGAAAAAGUAUUUCAAUUGCAAAGAACAAGAAAUGCACCUCAAGAUCAAGUGGAGAGACUCAUCGAACUUGCCAUUUCUCAUUUUAAAUUUGCGGCAGACCAAAAGAAAAAAUUUAUUGCUACCCAAACUGGCCUAGCAAACGUGUAUGCACUAGGCAAGAGAUAUGAAGAAGCAGAAAAGAUAUAUCAGGAACUGUUUCAGAGAAAUAAUCUACUCUGUCAUGAAAAACAAGAGCUCUACUACAAUUAUGGCAAUUUUCAGCGUUAUCACAUGAGGUCAGUAUCAAAAGCCAUUGAGUAUUAUAUAGAAGGGCUGAAAAUGAAAGAAGAGUCCUUUGGAAGAAAUAAGUGCAGUGAAGCUGUGCAGAGAUUGUUAAGACAAAAAAUUGAGAGAGGUUCAAGAAAUGCAAGAGAUUUUGGAACACUUGGACUCGUUCAUAAGCUAAAUGGUGAGAAACAAAAAGCAAUUGAGUGCUAUGAAAAAGCCAUUGCUUUGGAUCACAAUAAUGAAGAAUAUCAGAAUGCAUUAUUUGAGCUACGACUCUCUAUCUCAAGCUAAAGCUCACAAAAAUCCUUCACACCCAAAAAACUCCAAACCCAAGGACAUUUCAAGAGACUCCCUAAACUUUUGUUGUUGGUUGGUUGGUUGGUUGGUUUUUGUCUUAAGGUAGACUUUAUGACCAGAUGAAACAUGGGUGGUAUCGCUUUCUGAUCAUAAUGUAGAAACUGCAGACAAUGACUGUUCAUUUGCUAACAGAGAGCACACUUAGAUAGCUAUAUAAUGUAACAUAUAAUAUAUAAUAAUAGCUAUACAAUAAUAGCUCAUCUAACUUAGGUCUUCAAUGCUAACGCAGGUCUAAAUGAUUAUCAGUAGAACACAGAACUUCUAAGCUAAAAAUGAGAUAUUACCUUCUACUUGAGAAAAAGAUAAGGGAAUCAUAUGGUAGUAUUUUGUCUAGAUAGUUGAAAGGCAUGCUUAAACCAAAAUGGAAUUUCUGAUGCUCUUUCAAGUAUUUCAAACAUAUCUUUUGUAGAAGGAACUUUUGUUGAAGGCUUGUUCAGUUUACUAACUUGUAUGCUGUUUAAUUAUGAAAAAUAUUAAAAAACAUUGUUUGCUGUAAAACUUAUAAAAUGUGUAUUAUUGUUGUGAACUACGAAAGGGUAUUAAAUCUAUCAACUAUU